AUGAAAUGGGAUAAAUUUUUAUUCAAUUGGAAUACUCCAUAUUUAAUGCAAACUUGGCAUAACGAUUACUUAUCAUCAUUAUCGAAAGCACCCAUCAGUAGAUUGAUUCGUUUCUAUUCAAAAUUGUAUCCUACUGUUACUGCUAAUAUUGGUGACGCUAGUAGUCGUAGUAUGAAUCAGAAUAAGAAGCUGUCGACUGUUAGUUUAUUUCAAGUAUCUAAAGUAUUACCAUCGGCAUCAUCAUCACCAUCAUCGUUCUCAUCUACACUUAGAAAUCAUCAACAGACUAAUUUAGGUCUGGGACUUUUUCAUCCGAAGAAGAAGCGUGUAGACAAAGAUGCUGUCGGUGUCAAACAAUCUGGUUUCCUCAAUAUCUCCGGUUAUGGUUUUGCUCAAUUUACUGAUUUAAAAAUGUUACAUUCUUAUUUAUCAAAACUUGACAUGUACAAAUUUCCAGUAUUACCAUCAGAAUUAUCAUCUGAAGUAUUAUUGGUUUCACAAUUGAAUAAUUCGUCUAUUGAAUGUAAUACUACUGUAAAUAUAUGGGAUGCAUUUAUUUUCAAUAAUGGUGUGGCUGUAUUUUGGAAUAUGCCUGAAGAGAAUCAUCUACAAUUUUUGAGACAAUUUCACGAAUUCAGUCAAGGAUUUUUAGAUGAUAAAUUUAUUGAACGUGAAGAUUUACAAUAUUGUUUAACUAAUGAUGAAACUCGUAUUGUUGGAGAAGAUAUUUAUUUACAAACUUCAUCAUUGGAGCAUUUAACAGAGUGUCCACAGUUACCUCACUCAGGGGAUGUACAAAAAGAUUUUGCUACACAAGACAAUUUAUCAAAUUUGGAGUUGACACCUGUAAUUGAUAAUACGCUAUUGCAGAAAUUUGCAUUUUCUGAUGCUUUAGCUCUAUCAGUUAAGCUUUCCCUUUUGGAGAAUGCAUUCGAUACUGCAGUGAUUGAAAUUGAGCCAUGGAUUGAGAAAAUGAAAACAGGUCAUGGUGCUGGAUUUUGUCAGUCAGCAGUCCUCAGGAAAACUGGUGAAUUAUAUACCAUAAAACAUUUAUUGAAUGUGAGUACAAAUUUGAUAGAAACACCAGAUUUUUACUGGGAAAGACCAGAAGUUGAGAAAUUAUUUGAAAAGCUGAAAAGUGUAUUAACUAUCUCAUCUAGAAUAAGGGUAUUAAAUUCUCGUUUGGAUAUGUGUAAUGAAUUGACAUCACUUGUGACCAAUCAUUUACGCUCAAUUCAUUCAACACGUUUAGAAUGGAUGAUAAUUAUUUUAAUUCUUGUUGAAGUUGUUUUUGAAGCUCUGAAUUAUUAUGAUAAAAAAAACAAACAAAAGUCAUAUUAA